CGGGAUUAGAACCCAGGUACCGAUUCCCAGGCCCGUGCUCUAUCUACUAGGCCACGCUGCUUCUCGAAACACCUGGAAGAGCACUUGCAGGUAUGCCCCUCCCUCUUCCUUUCUCUUCGCCGUCCCCCUUCGCUACCCCCAAAACUGUGAAGAGACCAUCCCAGGCCUUCCAUCUGGCUCAAUCAGAGGGCACUGGUAAGCAUGAAUAGUUGUAUUCUUGAGGACCUGGGAGUUAUAGUUUCGGGGGCUAAAGGCAUCUCUGAGCAUUGUCUCCCAUCCUCCCUUCCUGUUUUCUUCCCAGUUUCCUUUGUUCUAAAUGGCUACCUUGCCCCUUGCCAGUUGUGAGAUGCAUAGCCACUCACUACGAACAGAAAUCACCUUGCUGGUUUAGUACAGUGCUAGGGAAAGUUAAUAUAUAACACCAUUAGGAAUCGUUCUAAAAUGAUAAGUCUGCUGAUUUCCCCCUGCUCAUAUGACUCUCUCCUUCUCCAGAAAUGUACCUGUUGCCACAUAAAAAAAUAAGCAGUUGCCUCAAAAUGUCAGCUGUUGCAGUUAUAGUGACCAAAGCUCUUGCAGUCUUGGGUUCCAGGGAAGCAUUAGUAGAUGUAGCUAGAGCGUAAAGUCUGCGAGAACCUCAGGCACGAAGCUGGAAAGCUCUUGAUGCAGCCCAGACAUCAUCUGCCGUGGAGAAGAGGAAAAAAGGGGGAAGGAGGAAAAACAGGAAACUCACGUGGUGAACUAGACCCAGAUGAGACUGAGAACUCAUCCAGUCCUGAGAAGCAAAUGAAACAAAUGGUGAGAGAAGAUGUGUUUUUUGAAAGCUUCUUGAAGAAGCAAAAGACAAAACGAAAUUUGUGUGGGUGCAGUACUGGUUCCGACGGCCAAACACCACACUCUUUCUUUAUGAAGAAGGGCGGAGAUACAGUACAGGCUGUCCGGGAGUUAGGACCCCUGAAUGCCGAAUACCUCUUUGAAUGACAAUGCAUAAGGAGAAGAAGAAAAUUCUGACUGUGAGCCCUGUAUGGGAACGGGGACUCUGCACGCCCUGCGUACUGUGACCCUGUUUCAGAAGUGCUUGGUACCCAGUACAUGCUGAAUAAAUACAAAAGUCAUCAUUAAGAGACAGAGGGAAGAACAGAGGAAGGGAAAUGACAGCAGGCUUUAAACCGCCAUCCACAAAAUUUCUCUCGGACAAGUUGCUGAGCCUUGCGCAUUUCCAGAAAGCCCAUCCCCUGUUCCCUCGGCAGGCGGCAGAGACCGCUGAGCUCCAAGCCAUCUGGAUCAGAGCUUUAUGGAAAUCCAUGCAGAUCCCACGUCCGGACCAGAACCCGGCUGCCCGGGAAAGUCCAGGUACCAUCCUGAGCCUGAAGGGACAAACCAAGUGGACUUUAAGGGAUGCUGAGAAGGGAGAGGGGGAGCCGGAAACGCGCAGGGGCCACGGCGACCCCCACCGCCCCCGGACAGUCGGCCCCAGUGACCCAUCAGCCUCCUGUCCGGCCAGGAUUACUUGGAGAUGGCCCAGCGGAGGUUGUUGGUGCUUCUUUCUCCGGGGGAGCAGCAACCUGUCUCGCACAUCUCGGGCAGGAUAAGCGCCGGGGGUCGCUGAUGCGGAGGAGAGCUGUAAAAUGGGGAUGAAGACUGUGAGCCCCACGUGGGACAACCUGAUCACCUUGGAUCUACCCCAGUGCUUAGAAUGGUGCUUGGCACAGACCCGGCCCCGGCCGUGGCCCCGGCCGCCCAGGCGGAGGACAUCGAGGAGCUGGACCCGGACGGACCGCUGCCCAUGGCCCCCGAGGACCACUGGAAAGUCCUGUUCGAUCAGUUUGAUCCCGAGAACACAGGAUACAUCAGCACGGACAAGUUCCAGAGGCUCCUGCAGAGCCACGGGGCUGAGCUGGACCCACACAAGAGAGAGGUGCUCCUGGCCCUGGCCGACAGCAACUCGGACGGACAGAUCUGCUACCAGGACUUUGUCAACCUGAUGAGCAACAAGCGAUCCAACAGCUUCCGACAGGCCAUCCUGCAGGGGAACCGACGGCUGUGCAGCAAGGCCUUGCUGGAGGAGAAGGGGCUGAGCCUGCCUCAGCGGCUAGUCCGACACGUGGCCUACGAGACGCUGCCGAGGGAGAUCGACCGCAAGUGGUACUUCGACAGCUACAGCUGCUGCCCCCCACCCUGGUUCAUGGUGGCCAUCACCCUCAUGGAGAUAAUCUUUUUCCUCUACAACGGAUUGGCCCUGGAUCGGUUCGUGCUUCAGGUCACUCACCCUCUCUACUUGAAGAAUGCCCUGAUUUACCACCCGCAGCUCCGGGCCCAGGCCUGGCGCUACCUGACCUACAUCUUCGUGCAUGCGGGGAUAGAGCAUCUGGGACUGAACGUGGUGCUCCAGCUGCUGGUGGGCGUCCCUCUGGAGAUGGUGCAUGGAGCGGCCCGCAUCGGCUUUGUCUAUGUGGCCGGCGUCGUGGCCGGCUCCCUGGCUGUCUCAGUGGCUGACAUGACCGCACCGGUGGUUGGCUCCUCUGGGGGGGUCUACGCCCUCGUCUCUGCCCAUCUGGCCAACAUUGUGAUGAACUGGUCGGGAAUGAAGUGCCAACUGAAGCUGCUGAGGAUGGCUGUGACCUUGAUCUGUAUGAGCAUAGAGUUUGGGAGAGCUGUGUGGCUUCGGUUCCACCCCUCUAUGUACCCCCCGUGCCCACACCCCAGCUUCGUGGCCCACCUGGGUGGCGUGGCCGUGGGGGUCACCCUGGGGGUGGUCGUUCUGCGCAACUACGAACAGAGGCUCCAGGACCAGUCGCUGUGGUGGAUCUUUGCGGCCAUGUACGCUGUCUUUGUGCUGUUUGCCAUCUUCUGGAAUAUCUUUGCCUACAACCUGCUGGAUCUGAAGUUGCCCCCUCCCCCCUGAGGGCCAGGGGUGGGGUGGGGGCCGGCUGAGGAACCACUCGCAUUUUCGGGGUUUCUCAUUGCCAGGUUUGUUUGGAGAUGCAAGGGGGCAGGCGUUCGCUUCAUUUCUUGUAUAAGGAUUAGCCCGGGCUAGUGUUUCCCGGACAGCAGACGAUGAGGAGACGGAUUUUGGCGUGGCGUAUGCCUGACUCUGAGCACAAACCCCGAGCAGGUGAGGGGAUGGAGCCAAAGUCAGCGCUUCCUAAGUGGGGGUGGGCUGCCGGCAGGUUGCCCUCACUCUCCUGAGACAAGCCCAGCUGAAGGCAUUCGGGAAGGAUGAACCCCUCAGCCCGGAGAAGACGAUGGCGUUUGGCCCCCGGGUUUGAACCUAAGGGAAAAGAGAACUUGGGGUGUUGGGCUAUACGCUGCCUUGGUUUUUCACAGUUACCCUAGAACUGACCACGAGACGUAACUUCCCUGCGGAGCAGCCGCAAUGGGGAGAAUGAAGCCUGGAACGUAGACCUCAAGAUGGCUCCAGUGUUGACAUGAGCCUUGGGUGAGCUCCUCGAUGUGAGGGAAGCGUGGAAAAGGGUGAUGUGGGUGUGUGUAGGUGUGAAUUUAUCUGGCAACUCAGUUGUCUGGGGCAAGGUCUGUCUCCCCAGCCCUGUCUCACCCCUCUUUGAAUCCUCGGAAAAUCUAGGGUACCCCGGGGAAGAGUUACAGAUUUCGCCCUCCGACCUUCCCACACGGGCCCUUCCUUCUCACCCCCACCAUCCUCGGUCCACUCGCUUUCUCUUCCCCAGACACAUUCUCCUGGUGUUUUGCUGCCCUUGUUUCCCGAAUGUGACAUUUGGCACGGAUGCGCCCAGCUUCCACCUCCUCAUCCCUGACCCCACAGUAAGAGGACAGAAUCUCCCUGUCUCCAGAGCCCCAGGACACAACAAACUGCCAGGAGGGAGAGCAGGCUCCCUGAUGGAGCUUGGAAAUGAUCCCCACCUGGCUCUUGCCUCUCUCUCCUCACCCAUCAAGCCCUUGCACAAAGAACAGACGUCUGUCGGAAGUGGGCCGCAGGGCUAGUGGAGUUUCAUCAGGGCAGGAACAGAGGCAGGAACUGUGGACAGCCCCUCACCCUGCGUCCCCUGAUGCUAAGCAAGUCCACGAUGACUCGUUGCUUAUUCCUGCCAGUGAAGACGGCCCUGGGCAGGGAGCGGAAGUCUCUACUCAUACCCCAGGAGCCCCCACUCCAAGCCUUCACCAGCAGCAUGCCAGCUAUUUUCAUCUCAGGUCAGUUGCUAGCAGUUAAGAGAGAUUUGCUACACACACAUCCCCUGCAGACUUGACUCUUGCUUGAAUUUUAUUUAAACAGUUUUUCUCCCCACAAGCUCCUUCCUUAAAUUAUAGCUUUCUGUCCCUUUUCCUACCUGGAAAGUACCCUUCUCUGCUGCCUGUUUUCAGCCCUGUCAUCUCUGCCAGCAGUGGCCUAAGUCCUGGGUUCUAGGUGCUGUAAGGGGAGGUAGCGGGGGCUUGGAUGCCCUCACUCCUCCUCCCUCCACCCCCAAUCACCGUCCUCAGGCCUGACCAGGGUCUCCCUUAACCCUUCCCCUCCCUGGCAGCCAGAAUCUUUUCCACUCUCCUUCCCCUUGUGGCAGGUGCAGUCAGCCUCCCCUGAAGUUGGGAGGAAUUUGAGCCUCCACUCUACUCUCUCAGGAGAGAAGCUUCAUUAUCCAGCUGGGUGAAUGGAAACUGAAGCCUAGCAGGAAACAGCAGCAAAUAGGUCCACAUAAAAAAAAAAAGAAUAAUUACAGCACCCAGAGGAAAAAAGAAAACCUUGAAAGGAGGAUUGAGCUCCUAAUGAUCCUAUUAAUCAUUAAUUUUGUUGUAAUUGAGGAAAGCUGGAUAAGGAGGCCCUUUUAAAUGGCAGCAGGGACACAGCAGAUUUUUAUUUGCUGGACAAGUCCCCGCAGAGGAAGAUCAACUGGAUAGAUUUCCAGGACAACAGUACCACCCAAGGGAUUACCCUCACUGAACUCGACCCUGCUCCCACACUGUCUCCCAAUUCAGUUUGGAAAUAAAAGCAAAUUCCUGGGGCCUGAAACUUUCUUCCUCUCUUGAUAUCAUUUAGUGCGGCUUCCAGUGGACACUGAAAAGCAUCAAUAUUUUUCUGCCUUAAAAAAGUCAAACAAAUGAAACUUUCCCUUCAAGGGCUAGUUGAAAAUGAUAGUUGAAAAGUAACCCAAGCUGUAAACGUUUGUUUCUAAAUAUUUUUGUAUCGUGUACAUUCUGUAUAUUUUUGUUCUAACGAAUAUUAUUUGAGCACAGAUUCAUUAAAGAGUUUUUUGGGUAAAGCCAUUGGUUAUGUAAAAUGCCAACAGAAGACCUUU